CGUUAUUUCCUUCAGGCUCGCUGUGAUAGUUGUACUGUCUCUUUAAUAAUAUACCGUGAAGGAUCAAGUUGCGCACCGGGUGGUACUGGUAUUAUUUACAACUGGAAAGAGACAAUUUACAGAUUGCGAUGAUACCCCAGCCCAUAAUUUCUACAUUGCGCAGUGGUGUGAGUUUCUGGCGACAUCGAAGUGUUUUAGUAACGGCUUUAAGGCUCCAGGCCUUGAACUUUCGAAGCGUGCGUUGUCGGUUUACCUCGGCACCUGGUACUGUCAGAUCCAUGGAGGACAUACUGACGAGGGUUGUGGUACCGUUACCUACAUACGAGACGAGAGAGAAGUCCCCGCCUCCACCCGAAUCGAACAGUGUGGAAUUUAUGCAUUUCUACAAAAGCCUUGAAAAGGAAGAGAAGUCACAAUUACUAGCAACGCUAUCACACGAUUUUGGUGUGGACCACAAAGGAGUUUCAGAGCUAGCAGGCAAGCUGCUCGACACUCAGUUAAGGGACUUGGCUACAAUAUUGCAAGUAGAGGACAGGUUACGAUACAGUCUGACUCCGCGCUAUAAACAGUUGCUUAAUCACAUAAGCAGGGUUGAGGGGGGAGUGAAGUUCCUGGUGGACCUACGUGCCGAUCUGCUUGAAAUAAUAUCAUCUAAAGGAAGUGACAGUCCUCACAUUCGGGACCUGAAUGGCACUCUGAAGAGUCUGCUGUCGGAGUGGUUCUCUGUGGGUCUGCUGCGUCUGGAGAGGAUCACCUGGCAGUCCCCCUGCGAGAUACUGCAGAAGAUCAGCCAGUACGAGGCUGUCCACCCUGUGAGGAACUGGACCGAUAUAAAACGUAGGGUGGGGCCGUACCGUCGCUGCUAUGCCUUCACUCACGCUGCCAUGCCAGGGGAACCACUGGUCGUCCUGCAUGUGGCACUCACAGAGGACAUCUCUGAUAACAUACAGAGUAUCGUGAGAGAGUUGGCUACCCUGGACUUGGAGGAGGAUGUGAACAAGGUCAACACAGCAGUGUUCUACUCCAUCUCCUCCAGCCAGGCUGGCCUGCAGGGGGUGGAGCUGGGGAACGUUCUUAUCAAGAGAGUGGUGCGGGAGCUGCAGAGUGAGUUCCCCCACAUGUCCCAGUUCUCCAGCCUGUCUCCCAUCCCGGGCUUCUCCUCCUGGUUACUGGGCAUGCUCAGCCAGCACCGGAAGGAGGGCCGUAUGGAGCUGCUAACUGAACGUGAGUGGAGGGAGGUGGCAGAUGUCACAAACACAGCCCCCGAUACCAACGCCCUGGAUGCCCUGCGUAAGCUGAUCAGCACUGGCGAGUGGACCCGCUCUGAACGCCUGGUCCACGUCCUGGAGCCUGCCCUGAUGCGCCUCUGUGCCUGGUACCUCUACGGAGAGAAGCGGCGCGGCUAUACCCUGAACCCUGUGGCCAACUUCCACCUGCAGAAUGGUGCCACCAUGUGGAGGCUGAACUGGCAUGCAGACACCAGCCCCCGGGGAGUGGCCAACUCCUGUGGCAUCAUGGUGAACUACAGAUACUUCCUGCAGGAGACCCCGUCCAACAGCGCUGCCUACAUGCACAACAAAGUCAUCACAGUUACAGAACAGGUGCUGGGCUUGGUCUCACAGUUUCAGAAGAACAGCAAACUCUGAGCUCCAUGGACACCCAUGUACACGCACACACACACUUGGUAUCAAAGAUGCCUCUAGGUCCAGGACUGGCUGACUUUACGGCUCUGAUCUAAUGUGCCAAAACAAAACACGUUCAUAACAUGGAGACAAUUUGUGGAAUGAUAUUCAUUUAUUUUGUUAUUUUCUUUUUACAAUCUAUCCCAUGUAGCGCAUGGAUUUUCCUCUACCAUCCUUCUUGGGGUGGGUAUGGUGGUGUUAUCAUCUCCGAUAGACUCCCGGUGUUUUAUGGUGUGAGAGACUACAGCUAAUGAAGCGAGAGACAUUUACAGUGCCUUGCAAAAGUAUUCAUCCCCCUUGUCAUUUUUCUGCAUUAUAACUUGUAAUUUAAAUAGAUUUUUAUUUGGAUUUCAUGUAAUGAACAUACACAAAAUAGUCCAAAUUGGUGAUGUGAAAUAAAAAAAAUAACUACUUUCAAAAAAUUUAAAAUAUUUACAAAAAAUGAAAAAGAUGUGCGCGCAUAUGUAUUCACCCCCUUUGCUAUGAAGCCCCUAAAUCAGAUCUGGUGCAACCAAUUACCUUCAGAUGUCACAUAAUUAGUUAAAUAAAGUCCACCUGUGUGGAAUCUAAGUAUAUAUGGGGGAUAUAUACACCUGUUCUGAAAGGCCCCAGAGUCUGCAACACCACUAAGCAAGUGGCACCACUAAGCAAGCGGCACCAUGAAGACCAAGAAGCUCUCCAAACUGGUCAGGGCAAAGUUUUGGAGCAGUACAGAUCGGGGUUGGGUUAUAAAAAAAUAUCAGAAACUUUGAACAUAGCAAAAAAUUUAAAGAAUAUGGCAUCACAACAAACCUGCCAAGAGACGGCCACCCACCAAAACUCACGGACCAGGCAAGGAGGGCAAUAAUCAGAGAGGCAACAAAGAGAUCAAAGACAACCCUGAAGGAGCUGCAAAGCUCCACAGCGGAGAUUGGAGUAUCUGUCCAUAGGACCACUUUAAGCCGUACACUCCACAGAGCUGAGCUUUACGGAAGAGUGGCCAAAAAAAAAAAAAAGCCAUUGUGUUCGCCAAAAGGCAUGUGGGAGACUCCCCAAACAUAUGGAAGAAGGUACUCUGGUCAGAUGAGACUAAAAUGUAGCUUUUUGGCCAUCAAGGAAAAUGCUAUGUCUGGCGCAAUCACAACACCUCUCAUCACCUCGAGAACACCAUCCCAACAGUGAAGCAUGGAGGUGGUAGCAUCAUGCAGUGGGGAUGUUUUUCCUCAGCAGGGACUGGGAAACUAAUCAGUAUUGAAGGAAUGAUGGAUGAAGCUAAAUACAGGGAAAUUCUUUGAGAGAUUUGAGACUGGGACGGAGGUUCACCUUCCAGCAGGACAAUGACCCUAAGCAUACUGCUGAAGCAACACUCGAGUGGUUAAAGGGUUAACAUUUAAAUGUCUUCGAAUGGCCUAGUUAAAGCCCAGACCUCAAUCCAAUUGAGAAUCUGUGGUAUGACUUAAAGAUUGCUGUACACCAGCGGAACCCAUUCAACUUCAAGGAGCUGGAGCAGUUUUGCCUUGAAGAAUGGGCAAAACUCCCAGUGGCUAAAUGUGCCAAGUUUAUAGAGACAUACCCCAAGAGAUUUGCAGCUGUAAUUGCUGCAAAAGGUGUUUCUACAAACUAUUGACUUUGGAGGGGUGAAUAGUUAUGCACACUCAAGUUUUCCGUUUUUUUGUAUUAUUUCUUGUUUGUUUCACAAUAAAAAAAUAUUUUGCAUCUUCAAAGUGGUAGGCUUGUUGUGUAAAUCAAAUGAUACAAACUCCCCCAAAAAACAUUUUUAAUUCCAGGUUGUAAGGCAACAUAAUAGGAAAAAUGCCAAGGGGUGGUGAAUACUUUCGCAAGCCACUAUAUCAGGCCGUGCCAUGUUUCUACUUAACAAUGUGUGUGAUGCUGUAGCACAGCAAAUAGGCUGCAGAGCUACUGGAAUAAACCAUGUUUUGAUCAUUUGUCUGAUCUGUUUAGCUGCAAAGAGGCGUAUGUGUGUGUGUGUGUGUGCAGAGCCGGGCAGGUAAAAAAGGGAACAGACACCCACAAUUGUAUAGAAUUAUGUACAGCAAUACAGUACCAUAUUGUCUCGAACACUGAUUGUCACCCUACAAUCUCUACUAAUCAGUUAAUUAAUAAUGCGUCUACCUGCAUUGCUUGCUGUUUGGGGUUUUAGGCUGGGUUUCUGUACAGCACUUUGUGACAUCAGCUGAUGUAAGAAGGGCUUUAUAAAUACAUUUGAUUGAUUUGAUUGAAUUACUGAUGAUCAAUCAGGCUAUUCUUUAAUGAGCUGUACUCGCAAGAGAUUUAACAUUUUUAAUUUAAUUUACAGUAUAUGUAGAAUUGGUUAUUUUCUGCAAAAGGCUAAGUCAUAUUUCAUAGCGGUAUUUCAUUUCAAAAUGUGUUCAGUUGCCAUGGCUGACACCAUAGUAAUUGCAGAGGGUGUUUGGAAAUGUUUGCUACCUGCCACCACUCACUCCCCCCUAGAGACACAUAUCUGAUGUACUGCUACACCAAAGUACUGAACCAAGUGGGACUCAUAUCUGCCCCCACUCUAUUGUUUUGAAAGACUAUAUCACAGCAAGUUGACUGUGAAAUUACAUUUUAUCUCUCAAAGGAGCCAAACUUCUUUUCCGAGCCAGCCACACAGUGUCCCAGAAACUAAUGAAGUGAGAAAUAAAGUUAAAAUAAAUGGAUAGAUUUAUAGCAUUCACUGUAAAGCCGGGAAGGAAAUCAGAGAGCAUAAAAGGACACUGUUUAUAGGAUGCCCCUGAGAAAGCAUUCCUCUCGUGAGACAGACAGGGAGGGUGGACACCUGCUGAUGCUCCAGUGCAAAGUCCAAGGCUGUCACACCCGUCCACAACCAUGGAUGAGAUUGUGAAUGGAAACAACAAUGACAUAUCCCUACCUUUCCACUAAGCAAAGAAAAGAUCCACUGCUCUAUCAAUUCAACAACAUAGAUGGAUGGAUUUCUGUGGUGUUUAUUCUUGAAUGACAUUGAACUCAAGAACUGGAAAAGUUGUCAAAGAACUGGAGCACUGAGACAACAGAGAUAUCACAACAUUGCAUUUCCACUUUAUGUCCUUCAUUGUCAGACAAGGGAAAAGAGCUACAGAGCAUGUACAUGUGCUUGAAUUGAUUUGAUGUGUGAAUAAACCGUUAAUGUAAAUUUAGUGUGAAGGGUAUAUAUAUAACAUGCCCAUGCUCUCAUUCACACAUUGCACACACACACACGUGUGUGUGUGUGUGUGUGUGUGUGUGUGUGUGUGUGUGUGUGUGAGAAUGAGAGCAUGGGCAUGUUAUUGCCAUCAUUAUAGGCUGAUAAAUUCAAUUUGAAUAGAGCACUGCACGAGAGGGGAUCAUCUUAGAAGCAUUUUUGAAUCCCGUAGAAAAGCUGAUUUAUUCUAGGUACCUCUCAACGAAUUACAAGACCUGUCAGUCACAGCAUUACAUUCGUAUUGAAGUCCUGUAGACAUCUCACUCUCUAUUCAGAAUCCAUCUCAUUUGGCACACACUAUUUGCUGCUGCUUUAACGCACACGCACACACACACACACACACAGCUUUCUUUAACAGCACUCAAAGAAUGAUUACUGACUAUGACUGCUAUGGUAAACCUGUAUGGAAUGGAAACAUACAGCUUGUGUUUUCAUCAGCUUUCCUUUUUGAUACUGUGUCAUUUUUUCAAAGAAAAUGCAAACUGAGUCGUACAAGGUGAAUGUGUUAGCAAAAAGAUGCAAAUGUGUGCUGGCCACACUGACGACCUGGAGAUAUGUCACAGCAUUCUAAUCAACACGCCUCCAGCCUCCUGCCAAAUGCACAUUAACAUUUAAGGGCCCAUUUGUUAAUAAGCAAUUACAGACAGAAUUGAUUAGUAGCCACUUUACACCAUUUUUAAUGGCUGGAAUAUGCCAUUACAGUUUGGCAAGGUACACAAGCUACAAGGUUCUUUUCCCAUAUCACAGCACAUUUGGACAGCGCAUACAUCAACCCUCAUGUUCCUGCUCUUGAUAUGAAUAUUGAGUGUCUAACAUGAAAUAUAGUGAAAAUGAGAAUGAGCUGAACAUAUUAACACAGCCUGGUCCAGUCUAAUGUCAAGCGGAUGGCCCGUCUAAUUCAUAGCACUGGUAAGUCAUAAAAUCUUUAAACAUUAAAGUAUAUUGAGGACCUGAUCAAUAUGGAUUGCAAAAGUUACCAGAAAUAGAAUUUAACACCUUGGUGAGUUCACACAAUAAGUCAUUGAAACAGUGGAUUUAACUGAAACGUCUUCUCAGAUGAGACAUGAGGAAAGAAAAAGCUUUAAGGGAAAAAGAAAUGCAUUGGCUGUCUCAUAAUAGGUCUGAGAUUAUUCGAGUGAAAGAGAGAGCAAUGAAAGGGAGAGAGUAAUUGAAAGGAAAUGAAAACAGUAUGUUAUCACAGUUGCAGUAAAGUAUUAAAGUCAUACCUAGUACUGUGUAGGAUAUAAGAACCACUUGGUAGUUUACAUAUUCAGAAGAAAAUAAUGCUUUCAUGAUUUUUACAUAUGUACAGUACAGUAUAUUGUGUGUUAAGGAUAGUUUCCAAACAUGCUAGACUUGUACUCAUACAAUGCUAUUGUCACGCCCUGGCCAUAGAGAGGCUUUUAUUCUCUAUUUUGGUUAGGCCAGGGUGUGACUAGGGUGGGCAUUCUAGUUUCUAUGUUUUCUAUUUCUUUGUUUUUGUCCGAGUGUGGUUCCCAAUCAGAGGCAGCUGUCUAUCGUUGUCUCUGAGUGGGAACCAUACAUAGGUAGCCUUUUCCCCACCUGUGUUUUGUGGGUAGUUGUUUUCUGUAUAGUUUAUUUGCCUUACAGAACUGUUCGAUUUUUGUCUUUGUGAUUUUGUUCGAGUGUUUUUUGAUUAAUAAAGAAUCAUGAACACUUA